GAUAUAUCAAUAAGCAUGUAAAUAUUAGUUUACUGCAGUCUUUUCCCAUCGACAGCUUAGGGUAAUUGAAACGUUAUUGUGUAUACCUCCACUGUAAUAAGAUCAGUGAUCAUAUUGAAGCGGCGGCUUGUUGAGGUCUAACGCCUGUCUACAAGUUUAAAUGAGCCGACACAUCUUCCUCCACUUUGGCAGUGAUCUUCUCGUCCUCUAUGACCAGAUUUAGGGAAGCGGGUUGCCAUAGAGACUGCGGUGCCCUGCUGUGUGCCACUCUCUCUUUCUGUUCUCUCUGCCAGGUACCGAACAUGGAGAUGGAUUUUAAAGUCCUAUGUAGUCAGCCAACAGCCUGUGUGUGCAACGAGCAGAGGUGUUGCUGCGUGUGUCCUCAGAGGGUGGUACAGUUUUCAUAUUUAUUUCCUCUUCCACUUCCAUCAUGGUAUUGGUCACGGUAGCCAUUGCAUCCUGAUUGUUUAACUCGACCUGUGUUUCUGACAGGGAUUUUGUUAGCUCUGUGUUUUCUGGAUUAACUGCUCUCUUCUUGAUAUCUGCCAUGAAGAAAUCCAGCAGAUUUUCUGGUAGUACCAAGGAUAGCCUGGUUAAUCACCAGUUACAAUGCUGAGUGGAGGUCUGGAGCAGGUCUCAAAUGUAUGGAAGCCCAUUUCUGCCAGCAAAAAAAUAAAUAAAUAAAUAAAAUGUUUGGAAUGACAAAUCUAAAAAUAAUCAAAAUGAUAUGAUACAAAGUCAAAUCUGCGUUGUGCGGUUGAAUCGUUUGCUCUUUUGGUACAAUUGUUUUUGGUGUAGACGUGAUCCAACCUCAAUCUGACCCAACUGCAAGAAUACGUUUGAAAACACGCAAUCACAUAUUUUAUACUUGAAUUCAAUUUUUAUCUUUAACUAAAAUUCUGACGUUGUGUUUCCUACAGAGCUGAAGGAUUAGUCCAUUAAUCGAUUACUCGUAUCAACAGAAAAUGAACCAGCAACAAUGAUGAUUUAAAUGAUGAUUUUCAAGCAGAUAUGUUCUGGUUGCAGCUUCUCACGUGUGAGAAUUUGUUGCUUUUCUUUGAAUUGAAUAUCUUUGGGUUUUGGACCGUUGGUGGGACAAAACAAGCAUUUUUAUGACUUUGUAAGCUUGCCUUCUGGGAAAUUGCAGUGUGGAUUUCUUUAUAUAUUACAUGCCAAACCAACUUCUAAUUAAUGAGUAGAGCAGUGGAAAACAGCAGAUUCAUCAGUUUCAUUUCAGUCAUUUUUAAAACAAGAAAGCCAAACAUUAUCUGGUGUUAGCAUCUUAAAUGUGAGGAUUUCUUUCUUUCUUAUAUAUGAUAGUAAUAUACUAACUAUUUGGGUUUUGGAUAUUUGGAUAAAAGAGGGAAUUGUAAGAUUCAUGUUGGACUUUAGACAUUAUAAUGGGAAUUUGUCACUAUUUUUUAUUCAUUUUUUUUACAUUUUGUAUACAAUAUACAAAAUAAUCAGCAGAUUUAUAGAUUGGAAUAAUCAUUGCAUUAACAAUGACCCAUGGCUUUAUUUAUUUAUUUUUGGGGUAAUUCCUAACUUUUUAUCAAUUUGUUUCCUGGCAAAACAGGGCUUCCAUACAUUUGUGUAGAGGAAUUACAUUAAUGUUAUCGAAUUAAUGUGGUCAUGAUUUAUUAAUGUCGCACCUUUAAUGAAUGGAAAACCUAUCUGUGUUAUCAUGCCUGACCUUGACAGAUGGGACACGUGUCACGUGUUUCUCCACACGGUUUAGUUGGAUCACUCUUUGCAAAAACAACAAAACAACAACAAUAUAAAACGAGGUUUGCAGUGGUCAAGUAGCAGAUUGAUAGAAAGAGGACAGAUUGUUUGCAGGCUUCGCUGUUAUGUCUACUAAAGGUCCAGAAUUAACAUCUCUCAUGAUUAAUGCCAUGCUAUUUCGGAGAACCUGAACAAGCCUUAUCUGUGAAACUAAUACUCACUUUCAUGAAAUGAUGCCGUGGAUCAGGUAGCCACUUUAUUUCCUUCUUAAGACAUUCAUCCCUUUGCAUUUCCCUCUUAUAAGGUUACCACUCUGCAUCUCUCCUGCAUGUAUCUAAGAGGUUUUUGGCCUGGAGACGUGGAUUUGCUGUGAAUUAUUUACAGGAGAAGUUUAUUCGUCAGAGCUGAUGGGGGGGGAGCUCAUUACCUGAGAGCCACUAACCUUGUUUCCUAUGACGUGUGUCACACAGAAGAUGCUUUCACCGAACUUGAAUGACGUGUUUUUAAGGAAAGGGAGCACUUUGUUGGUGUUGGAGUCCCUCGUGCUGCCUUCUGCUUCUUCUCUCGUAUCUGGCUCACUGGCCACCCUGUUGGUGAACUUUUCAAAUAGCUCUCACAGCGUCUCCUGAAGGACGCAGAGAUGGCGAUGGAAACCUCGGCGGUCGUCCGGCUACGCUACGAAGAGCUGCUGUUUUACGCGGCCUGCGUUUGUAACGGCUGGUGUUUGUUUCUGUGCGUUUGUGUGUGUCUGGAGGGCAGAGCGUGUAGGAGAGGAGCUGGCGGUGGCAUGCGCGUGGGCAGCAGCUGGAGAUGGCAGCUGUCGCGGGCCAUGCGACUAGCGCUGCGCUGGUGCCGACUCGGCCGCCCACAGAGGGGAGGCCGAGGCGCGGGGGCCAAGCCGUGGAUCAGCGGCAGGGUUUUGGAGCUGUGGAGCUACAGCAAGCUGCUGCUGAAGUCACUGUACUUCAACAGCCUCACCAACUCGGACACUCUGCUGGACUGUGCGUUCGAACCCGUCUACUGGAUUGUGGACAACGUGACCCGCUGGUUUGGAGUGGUGUUCGUCUGUCUAGUCGUAAUGCUCACGACCUCAGUUUUGGUCAUCGUCUACCUGUUCGUCCUGCCCACAAUCCUCAGCACUUACCCACUGCACUGGGUCAUCUGGCACCUCUGCUGUGGCCACUGGCUUCUUGUCAUGGUGGUCUUCCAUUACUACAAGGCCACCACCACCUCCCCAGGACACCCACCCAAGGACAAAAUGAAUAUUCCCUCAGUGUCCAUCUGUAAGAAAUGCAUCACUCCAAAACCUCCCAGGACACACCACUGCAGCAUCUGCAACAUGUGUGUUUUGAAGAUGGACCACCACUGUCCCUGGCUGAACAACUGCGUGGGCCAUUUCAACCACCGCUACUUCUUCUGCUUCUGCCUAUACAUGACCCUGGGGUGCAUCUACUGCAGCAUCAGCAGCAGGGACCUGUUUAUGGAGGCCUACAGUGCCAUAGAGAGAUAUUAUCAGACCCCUCCACCAACCGAAGCCUUGAGUGAGACCGCUGCCUCCAAGAGUAUCAUCUUCCUCUGGGUGCUGACAAGCUCAGUGGCAGUAGCUCUGGGAGGACUUACCCUUUGGCAUGUCAUACUCAUCAGCAGAGGAGAGACCAGCGUGGAGCGGCACAUCAACCGCAAAGAGACCAAAAGACUACGAGAGAACGGCAAGGUGUUCAGAAAUCCAUAUCAUCAUGGCAAAAUGAACAACUGGAAGAUACUGUUUGGUGUAGAAAAAAGGAGUCACUGGUUCACGCGGGUCCUCUUGCCCUCCAGUCAUCUUCCCAACGAAGACGGCAUCAUGUGGGACUGCACCUUCACCAGGAGAGACCCCAUGGCCAUCUGAGAGACUUUUAACGUACAUUUACACUAAAAGCAACAUGACUGAUGUGUCACACCAGCUAAGAAGAGAAGCUCCAACUUCAUCUGUUUUGAUCGCUGCUACGACCAUUUGAAACUUGGUCGUAAAUCAAGAGCUUUUUGCUGCGUUGGAAACACAUGGAUAUAACCACGUGUGACUCAUUUUCUUAGAGUGAAUGUUAUCAUUUCCCAGCUUUACACCUGCCACCAGUCGCCCUUGUACAGUAGGUCUAACUGUAGACCAUGCCAGCAGCAGACUGCAGUGCUGUUGAUUCAUUUUCUUUAGAAAUGGUGCUGCUGGCCAGCAUCAUAGUCAAGACCAAACCCAUUUGUAAAGACCCGACAAAGACUUUUUGUGCAUUUCUUGGACUAUAAGUCUUGCACCAAGUGUGAUAGGAGGCAGCAGAGAGGGAGGUUUGCAUUGUGUAUGUUCAAAUUGCCUACUGCAGCUUUAAGACUACAAUUCCCAGAUACUUUUUUUUGGCUUUUACUCUGUUAACUUUAACCUAUUUAUGAGUACCAUAUUCCUGAUUUCUGAUACAAUAACAAAUUCAGGGCACCCCGGUAGCUCAGCUGUAGAGGGUUCGAUUCCAGCCAGAGCGCUUUGCCGGCGUGUCGCUCGCUGCGCCUCUCCCCUGCCUUUCCUGUUGCUCUAAAUAUUGCAGAAAUGCCAAAAAAGGACUCAAAUGCAGAUGGUCUUCUCAGAGAAGGUCUCAUUUAUUUACAGUUUUAAUGUGCUUGUGAUUCAUUCAUGAGAAUGCGCCAUUAAUGCUGUAUUGAGCCUGGGCCUUGUUGCUUCUUUAAGAGGUCUUUUAGUGUUGAUUGGAGUUUGUCCAUAGUAACUGUGUGUAUGUGUCUUGGGCAGAUUUGACAAAUCCAAAUGUUUCUUUACGUGAGGAAGGAAAGUCCAGAUAAUUUCAAUAUUAAUUUUUGAUUUUAAACGUCCUGUGAUGAUUUAAAUAAUGUUAUAUUUAAAAGAAAAGUGAUUUAAGGUUUACUUUUCGGCUUGUUUACACCUGCAAUAUGUUGCCCUUGUGUUGUGUGCUGACAAGGUUGAGAACCACUGCUGUGAACUGAUGUUCUGGUGCCGAAGAAGAGCUAAAAACCAAGAGUUUGAUUCACUUGUCUUAAAUUUCUGACUUAAAUCUUUUCCUUAAAUGCCAGUGUAGAACAAAAGAACUAAUUUUUCUCACCUUUUACAUUUCAUUCUUAAAGACUUAUGAAGCCUGUGCCUUGUUUGGUUGUUCAGCCUUUUAAUAUGAGGCACUUUAAGUGAUUCAGGCACUGUGAAAUGUAAUUCCAAAUUUCACCCCAACAUGUUCAUACCUGUAACCUAGUGGUGGAUGAGUUGGAUCUGUAGUUGCCAUAGAAACAUGACGUACAGCUGUGAUAUCAUUUGUAACCAAUGGGAGCUGUGCUCCAGUUUGAUUUGUCUUUUUUAAUAAAAUACCUGUUUGAUAU